AUGGCCGACAUGACUCAGGUUCCCAUCAAUGGCAACUACCCUGCCCAGCACGGCUACCCCGAAUCCUACAACCACGCAUCUGUUACCAUGAACACUGCUGCCAGCUUCCAACCUGCGCAGUCCUCCACCCCGACUACUGUCACUCCCACCGACCAGCAGAAGAAUGAGAUCUCCAAGGAUGAGGUCGGCUGGUAUUUCGUCGAGCAGUACUACACCACCAUGAGCCGCAACCCCGACAAGCUUCACCUCUUCUACUCCCGCCGGUCUCAGCUGGUUUUCGGCACUGAGGCUGAGUCGGUUCCCGUCACCGUUGGUACCAAGGCGAUCAACGAGAAGCUUAACUCCUUGAAGUUCCAGGAUUGCAAGGUGCGCGUCCUGAAUGUGGAUUCUCAGGCGUCUUUCGACAACAUCCUGGUCUCAGUCAUUGGUGAGAUCUCCAACAACUCCGAGCCAUCCCGCAAGUUCGUGCAGACUUUCGUUCUCGCCGAGCAGCCUAAUGGCUACUAUGUUCUCAACGAUAUCUUCCGAUACAUGGCCGAAGAGCCAGAGGAAGAACUUGAGCAGCCCACCCCAGCUGCGCCUGUUGCCGAAGCCCCCGAGGCCGUUGCCGAGGUUCCUGCUGAGGAGGCUCCGGUGGCUGACGAAGUCCCCGUCUCCAAUGUGGAUGAGAAGGUCGAGGCGGUCGAGGCCAACGUUCAGGUUGAGGAGCCCAAGGAGGUCGCUCCCCAGACCAACGGUGCCCCCGUUGAGGAGGAGACCCCCGCUCCGGUUGCUGCCGUCGAGGCUGAAAUCGUGAAUGACGAGGAGCCUCCCACCCCUGAGCCCUCUCCCGUUCCCGUUGCUGAAAAGGAAGAAGUUCCCGAGAAGGAGACCUCAACCACUCCCGCUGCCCCUAAGACCUGGGCUAGCAUUGCGACUACCUCUUUUGCAGCUAAGGCUGCUGCUGCCGCCAAGGCUUCGGCUGCUCAGGCUGCUCCUGCUGCACCCGCUGCUCCUAAGACUGAUGCUCCUAAGACUGAUGCUCCUAAGACUGAUGCUCCUAAGGCUGCUGCUCCCGCUGCUCAGGCUGCCCCUGCCGCUCAGCCCGCUGCUACCCCCGCCCCCGCAGAGGCCCCUUCUACCGAAGCUGGAUGGCAGACCGCCGGCCACGACCACAAGAAGUCGCAACCCCGUGCUGAGGAGACUGUCCUUGCUUAUAUCAAGAACGUCAACGAGAAAGUCGAUGCCAGUCUGCUUAAGCAGACCCUGGCUCGUUUCGGCAAGCUGAAGUACUUCGAUGUCAGCCGCCCCAAGAACUGUGCCUUUGUUGAAUUCAACGAGCCCUCCGGUUAUACCGCUGCCGUUGCCGCCAACCCCCACCAGAUCGGCAGCGAGCAGAUCCUCGUUGAGGAGCGCCGCCCCCGUGGUAACGCAUACGGCAGCAACGGCUUCCCUGCUGGCCGUGGCGGUGGUGCCGGUCGUGGUCGCGGUGACCGCGCCGGCAGCCAAGGUCGUGGUGGCUUCCAGCGCGAGGGCCGUGGCAGCUUCACUCCCCGUGGCCGCGGUGGCAACGUUGCCGCUAAGGGCCGCCCCAGCCAGCCCCAAGCUGCUUAA